UCACCUUCCAAUACCACAUUUCAUUCCCCCAAAAAUUCACACCAGUCCCUCACAAACCUCCAAACCAAAACACAUACAUUUUUACAAAGGCGAGAGCCUGUGAGAUCGAGCUUUCCAACGUAUAUGUCCCAACCGUGCCACUAACACGGAGGGAUAUGGUAUCAUAAAAUCACACAACACCACAACUUUAUGUAUUAAAAAAAACAUCAUCGAACUGGGUCACACUUUCAAAAAUGGAGGUUCAACGUAUGAAGGAAUUAAUGGUACUAUGGUCUACCUUGCAAACUAACCGUGUCGCUCUUGUGGGUGGAAACCAUACCGCUGCUAGAUUUUGCACUCGCUAAAUUCCCUUUUUACCCUCGCUCUCUUUUCUCUCUCUCUACCUCCUACAAUUCCAACUUUUUUUUUCUUCUCUAUCAAAAACUACACCUAACAAAUUCACCUAAUUUCUCUCUAUAAAAUUUCAAUAUCACCAUUAUUUAUACUUUAUCAUAAUGUCUAUUGAUCUUAUUGAUGCUACCUUCGCAAAAGGCUCUUGCAAUAGAAAAAGCAAUACGCCGCUAGCAGCCCGUUAUCUCAUUGUCAGGCUUCCAAGUUCAGAAUUCAUUAAAAUAUUCAAAACCAUAUUUCUUUUGGUUUUAGCUUUAGCUUCUUUCCAAUUCAUAAUCAAUUCCAAGAGAAUCAGUUCUUCUUCUUCAGAUUCAAUUGUCGAUUUCACCGCGAACUCAAUCGAUACGGAGCAAGUACUUUCUAUCCUAUUUCAUGACUUAACAAACGAAGGCCUUCUUACGAAAACGCAACUCAAAGCGGUUUUCCUCACAGACGACGCAGGCCUAACCGAUUUCAAUAACGAAAUGGAGUUUGUUGGAUUAAAAGACGUUGAGAAACAGAACUCUGUCGUUGAUAAUGCUGUUGAUUUUAUUUUCACAACUAACUUUCAUGAAGCUUCUAGAUUCAUCGAGAGGGUUCUCAAACCUGAAGGUGUUGUAACGGUUCUAAUGAACGACAAUAAUCCAGGGUCGUUUUACAAGCCAAAGAAUUACAGAAUUGUUUACAUGAGACAGUUUGAUUCUGUUGCCGUGGCGAUGAAGAAAACCGUGACAAACGCAGUUACAGCCGAUCAUAACAAACUCAACCUCGCCGUGCCGAGGAAGCUCUUUGGUUACGCAGAAGCCAAGAAAAUUGCAUUACAGAAUCUGGAAGACGUUCUGUUAGAGCCACCACGAGCUGCAUCAGGAAAGUCACGAAAGUAUUUGAAGAGGACAAAGUAUUUACCCGAUUUAAUGGGAGAUUCACUCGAAAGCUACUCUCGCCGUGUCUUCAUUGACGUAGGAUUACCUGAGAAAAACGGAGGAAGCGGUACACAUUGGUUUUUGAAGAAUUAUCCAACAAGGAACAAGAAUUUCGAGAUGAUCAAGAUAGAGACAACAGAGAAGGAAGUGUCGUCGACGGAGAAGAAGGUAGUGGCAAUGUCUGAUUGGUUGAAUAAGAAUGUGAAGGAAGAAGAGUAUGUUGUGAUGAAGGCUGAAGCUGAAGUGGUGGAAGAGAUUAUGAGAAGCAAUUCUAUUGGUUUAGUUGAUGAGCUUUUCUUGGAGUGCAAGCCACAUGGUUUGAAAAAUGAGAAUAAAAAUAGAAGAGCUUAUUGGGAAUGUUUGGCUUUGUAUGGUAAGUUAAGAGAUGAGGGUGUUGCAGUGCAUCAAUGGUGGGGUUAAUUAAGCCAUUGAGGAUUAAGGAAUAAUGAAUGGUGUGUUAUGUGGUAAAUGGUUGAUUAAAGAAAGAGAUUAAUUAGGUGGUGUGUUUAUAUGUAGGGUUAAUUAAGAGAAUGAUUUGAAAAGAGUUUGGGAUUUCUGAGACAGAGAGGGCCGAGAGUGGAUUGGUCCUGCCACUAAAAAAAGAAAUAUUUUUAUUUUUAUUUUAUAUUUAUUAUAUUUUUAUAUUUAUAUUUAUUUCGUGUCUAUUUUUUUUUUUUGGGUUUGUUGUAAUUAUGGAUUUGUUUAAUUAUAUCUUAUAUCAGUUUGUUGGUGUGAAGAGUGAGGUUGUUUGUGAAGGGAGUGUGAAAAGGAAUGGGGUUAUAUAAUGAAGAUUACUAUGCUACAAUGGAGAGGUGUUAUGAUUCAUGGAACACAAUGUUGUAUUUUUUUAUAUUGUAUAAAAUAUAAUUUAUUAUUUUUUGUUAA